CCGUCCACUAAAAAGAGGUCCUUAAAGAAGCCAUUGCUAACAGAGUAGGAUCCAAAAUGUCGGGAGAGGUGUACCUCCUAUGGCUCCUUUCACUUUUACAGUCGCUGGCGGCAUAUGGUGGUGAGCUGUCGUCAGAGGCGUGCAGGGAGCUGGGCUUCUCCAGCAACCUGCUGUGCAGCUCCUGUGACCUGCUCGGGGAGUUCAGCCUCACCAAGCUCCAGCCCAACUGCCGGCAGUGCUGCCAGCAGGAGGCCCAGAUGGAAGCACGCAAGCUCUAUGCUGGAGCCAUCCUCGAGGUAUGUGGAUGAAAACUGGGGAGGUUCCCUCAAGUCCAAGCUUUUGUCAGGAGUGACAAGCCGAAGAUGUACAAGGGUCUUCAGAUCAAGUACGUGAGAGGCUCAGAUCCUGUACUAAAGCUUUUGGAUGAUAACGGGAACAUCGCUGAAGAGCUCAGCAUCCUCAAGUGGAACACAGACAGUGUGGAGGAGUUCCUGAGUGAGAAAUUAGACCGAAUAUAGUUAUGAGUCCAACUUUUUUUUUGUUUUAGUCUCUAGUGAAAGGGUCACUUCACCCAAAUUACAAAGAAUAAACAUUUUGUGACUACUUGCUUUAUCCAGCCUUGCCGAGAGCUACUAUCUGAGGUGCAGAGGCUGUGAGAUUUGUGCCUCUGAAAAAUUACAUUUAAAAUAUUCAU